CAUAGCUUCACAAAACUUUCUGCCACUUGCAUCUGCCAAGCCUAUGGGUCCAGAAACUGAUAGGCUAGCUCUACUUGCUUUGAAGGACAAGCUCACAAAUGGCAAUCCUCAAGUUCUACCUUCAUGGAACAGUUCUCUCCACUUCUGUAAAUGGGAGGGUGUUUCCUGCAGUGCUCCUCACAUCAGGGUCUCUAAACUGCAGUUAGCAGGUCCGAGUUUCGAUGGGAGUCUUGCACCAGCAAUAGGUAAUCUUACCUUCCUUAAACUAAUAAAUAUUACUUUUACCAGAGUGCAUGGUGAGAUCCCCAAAGAAAUUGGCCGUCUCAAACGGUUGCAGGUUCUCUUCCUAAGGCUUAAUAACAUUCAGGGAGAGAUUCCCAUAGAGCUUGCUAACUGUUCAAAUCUGCAACUAGUAGUCUUCAACCGCAAUAACUUGACUGGCAAAAUUCCCCCCUGGUUAGGAUCAAUGCGAUCACUAAAUGCUUUGCACCUUGAUGUCAAUAAGUUCUCUGGUAGUAUUCCAGAGUCCUUGGGAAAUCUUUCGUCUUUGAGGGUCUUGUCUCUUCCGGGAAAUAAUCUCCAAGGUAGCAUACCUCAAACUCUAGGCCGGUUGACAAGUUUGAGCGAUCUUCUUCUAGCUCAAAAUAAUUUGUCUGGAAUAAUCCCUUUAUCACUCUAUAAUCUUUCCAAUGUCGUGAUUUUUGAUUUGGGAUCUAACCACUUGUUCGGAACUAUUCCAUCGAAUAUAGACCUUUCUUUCCCCAAUGUUCAAACUUUUUGGGUUGGAAGCAACUCUUUAACUGGAACAAUUCCCCCCACAUUUUCCAACCUCUCUCGAUUGCAAAGCGUAGAUCUAGUUGCAAAUCGUUUCAGUGGGCCAUUCCCCACCUCUUUGGGAAGACUCCAAAAUCUUCUUGAAAUGAACAUUGACUUCAAUAUUUUGGGGAGUGGAAGCAAUGGUGACUUGGAUUUCCUUUCGUCGUUAACCAACUGUAGCCAAUUGCUUACAUUGAGCCUACAAGGAAAUGGAUUUGGUGGUGUAUUGCCAGAGUCAAUUGGAAACUUCACUUCACCACUGAAUACACUUCUUGUGGGACACAAUAAGAUCUCUGGAAGCAUACCUGAAGAGAUUGGGAAACUAGUUGGCUUAACAUUUCUUGAUAUGGGAGGGAACCUUCUUCAAGGCGAAAUUCCAGUUUCAAUUGGAAAACUGAAAAAUCUUGGAAGGACAUACUUCGAAAAAAACCAAUUAUCUGGAAAUAUUCCUGCGGUUCUGGGCAAUCUUACCAAGUUGUUCGAUUUGUAUUUAAACAACAACAACUUUGAGGGAAGUAUUCCAGAUGCCGUCAGAGAUUGCAAAAAUAUGCAGAAUUUGUUUCUUUCCAAAAACAAAUUGAGCGGUAAUAUACCCAAUGAUACAUUUGGUCGGCUAGAAGAUUUAGUAGUUCUUAACAUGUCUUACAAUUCCUUGACCGGUCCCCUUCCAUCAGAGUUUGGUAACCUGAAGCAUUUAGUGGAACUAGAUGUUAUUGAAAACAAAUUGUCUGGCGAUAUUCCAAUUGCACUAGGUGAAUGUUCAGGGCUGUCACUGCUGUUCAUGAAUGGAAACUUUUUCCAAGGAAGUAUUCCCUCAUCAUUUGGUUUGCUAAAAUCUCUUGAAUUCUUGGAUCUUUCCAGAAAUAACUUGUCAGGCAGAAUUCCCAAUGAAUUGAAAGAUCUUCCAUUUUUGGAGGCCUUAAACCUCUCAUUCAACCAUCUCCAAGGUGAGGUUCCAAAAGGAGGAGUGUUUGAUCACACCACUGCUAUCCAACUCACAGGAAAUGAGGAUCUUUGUGGUGGGAUACCUGAAUUGAAGCUGCCAGCAUGUUCAAAUAAGCCAGAGAAGUCUUUUAAAACCGUCGUUAUCCUCAUCGUUGUGAUAGGCAGUGCUUUCAUUUGUUUUGUAGUUUCCAUCAGUAUUUAUUGGAGAAGAAAGCCAAAUGGGUUAUCUUCUUCCUCAUCUUCUAUGGAGAAUUGGCUCUUCAAAGUUUCUUACAGAGAGCUACAUGAUGCUACCAAUGGGUUUUCUUCAUCUAACUUGGUCGGCUCAGGAAGCUUUGGCUCUGUAUAUAGGGGAACACUUCAUUACUAUGAGAAACCUAUUGUUGUAAAGGUGCUAAAUCUUCAGACACGUGGGGCAUCGAAAAGUUUCGCCAAUGAAUGCAAAGCUCUUAGUAAAGUCCGUCACCGAAACCUUCUGAAGGUUUUAACUUGUUGUUCCAGUAUCGAUUACAAAGGUGGCAAUUUUAUGGCCCUAAUUUUUGAGUUCAUGCCAAAUGGGAGUUUGGAGAGCUGGCUGUCAACAAAUGAAAAUGGUGAAUCAAGAAAUCUACAUCUAAAUUUUGUACAAAGAUUAGAUAUAGCCAUCGAUGUAGCUAAUGCUUUGGAUUACCUUCACCAUGAUUGUGAGGUAGCUAUUGUUCAUUGUGACAUCAAGCUGAGUAAUGUUCUUCUUGAUGAAGACAUGGUUGCUCACUUAGGAGACUUUGGGUUAGCUAAACUCCUUCAUGAAGUUACAGGCUAUUCUAGCAGUGAUCAAACUCCUUCCUCAGCAAUUAAAGGAACCAUUGGUUAUAUUCCUCCAGAGUAUGGGGGAGGUGGAGCAGUGACACCACAAGGGGAUAUCUAUAGCUAUGGAGUUCUAUUGUUAGGGUUGCUCACUGGAAAAAAGCCUACAGAUAGCAUGUUUGGAGUAGAUUUGAGCCUGCACAAGUUUUGUAAGUUGGCAUUGUCAGACAGAAUCACUGAGAUAGUGGACUCAAGUUUGCUCAUACCAUCUCAAAGAGGCCACAUUAAAGUGACAGAGAAGCCUAAUGUGAAAUUUGAAAUUCAAGAGUCUUUGAUCAGCUUUGCUAAGAUUGGAGUGGCAUGUUCAGUAGAUUCGCCCAGUGAACGGAUGGGGAUAAAAGAUGUUCUGGUGGAGUUGCUCGCCAUUAAAAAGAGGCUGUCCCCAGUUGGUAUCAACAGUUCUAUGCAAAAUAAUCUGCAUUCAUAUGGAAAUUCUUCUGGCUUUUGAAAGUAUAUGUAUCUAUAUUUCCUUCCGUGUCUAGUACUCAGAAAAACUUGAGCUUAUCACUUGGAUAUGUUAUCUAUAGUUUUUUUUUCUUUU